AAGCUGAUCACGAAUAUAUAUGUAUACUCUCAAGGGUCGGAGAUGUGUCCUUCAGUAUGUUUUACACUUCUUACCAAAAUUAUAAUACCCUCUGCAAGGGUAUACAAUUUGUCUCGCGCUUAUGUAUAUACGAUUGUAGACAAUGUGAUUGCUAUGAGAAAUCUUCCAUGUUUGGGUACCGUUGGUGGUAGUGGAUUUGUCGGUAUUGGUGGAAAACCGACUGUGACUGAAUCUACAAUGGAUGCCGUAGAUGCGAACACAGCGUCACAGCCCCACUCGACAUCGUCAUACUUCACAACAACAUAUUAUCACUUGACUGAAGACGAAUGUCACAGUGGAGUAAAUCAGUUGGGCGGAGUUUUUGUUGGUGGUCGACCUUUGCCAGAUUCAACUCGACAGAAGAUUGUUGAAUUAGCCCAUUCUGGAGCUCGGCCGUGCGACAUUUCUCGGAUUCUUCAAGUUUCAAAUGGAUGUGUGAGCAAAAUUCUUGGAAGGUAUUACGAAACUGGAAGCAUACGACCACGAGCAAUUGGAGGAUCCAAGCCACGUGUAGCUACAGCCGAAGUUGUCAGCAAAAUUUCUCAAUAUAAACGGGAGUGUCCAAGCAUAUUUGCUUGGGAAAUACGGGAUCGGUUGUUGCAAGAAAACGUUUGCACUAAUGAUAACAUUCCCAGUGUUUCAUCGAUAAACCGUGUUUUGAGAAAUUUGGCGGCGCAGAAAGACCAGCAAAACUCUGGGCCAAGCGUUUCUGCAACAGCUACGAGCACUAGCACUAGUUUAGCAAUUCCGUCCCAAAUAAAUAACAACAAUGGACAAAGUGCGAAUAGAGGUACACUUUCGAUGCCCCCCGAUCUUAUUCAGACGGCAACGCCCUUAAAUUCUUCAGAAAGCGAAGGAGCUAGUAAUUCUGGAGAAGGUAGCGACCAAGAAGCCAUUUACGAGAAACUUCGGCUUUUGAACACACAACACGCAUCUGGAUCAACAGAAUCCACCAUCAUUGCGACAUCCGCGUGUCAAACGCCUGGUCACUUUGGAACCAAUCAUUCUGGCAAUCAUGUCAUGAUGUCCGGUAUCCAGCAGGCCCAUCAUCAGCAUCAACAAGGUUGGCCUUCCCGUCAUUAUUCGACUGGUCCUUGGUAUACAACCUCCAUAGGCGGCAAUGAUACACCGUUAUCAUCGGCUCCCAGCAUGGCUUCUAUGGCGUACUCAACUACAAUACAAGCACAGUCUUUAAGUCCUACUAAUGACAUUGCAAGCAUGGGUGUUUCCCACCGCCUAUGUCCAAUAAACCCCGAAGACAUUUCUUUAAAAAAGGAACUUGACGGUCACCAAUCCGAUGAAACAAACUCUGGGGAAGGUGAAAACUCAAAUGGAGGAACUUCAAAUGUAGGAAAUAGUGAAGAUGAUCAAGCUCGACUUAUACUCAAAAGAAAGCUGCAGCGAAAUCGAACUUCUUUUACAAACGAGCAAAUAGAUAAUUUAGAAAAAGAAUUUGAACGUACACAUUACCCAGAUGUUUUUGCGAGAGAAAGAUUGGCUGGUAAGAUUGGCUUACCAGAAGCAAGAAUUCAAGUUUGGUUUUCAAACCGACGCGCUAAAUGGCGUCGUGAAGAAAAACUGCGAAAUCAGAGGAGAACUCCAAAUUCAACUUGUGCUAGCGGAACUUCAUCUACAACUUCAACUACAGUAUCGGCAACUAAUAGUCCAACUAAUAUGAGCGCCUGUUCGUUGUUGACGGUAACAGGCAUAUGCCCCACAGUCAAUAAAACUAACGAGAUUGCUUCCUCGAGCCCGAUUUCAGUCCCUGUUACUGCAACUACGGUUGGGGGUGGGAUCACUGCUGCUAUGGAGGACGAUGGUAGACCUCCAUCUACACUACAUCUUUCAACUGUUAGUAAGUCUAACAUAAACGAUGAUCGAGAUACUGAGGAUGGCCGCAACGUUUGUUCUCCUUGCUCUAAUGGUAGUUCCAUUCAUCAGCAUCAGAUUACUGUUUCAUCUCAUGCUCAAUCUCAUGCGCACACCCGUGUUCCUGCGAUCUCACCACGCCUUAGUUUUAAUACUGGAGCUCCGGUAGGAUUUAGCAGUGCUAUGUACUCAAGCAUGCAACAUUCGACUUUGUCUAUGUCCGAAAGUUAUGGAUCGGUCACUCCAAUGUCAAGCUUUAAUCAUGCGUCGAUUGGACCCUUAGCUCCACCAUCACCAAUGUCACAGCACGGAAAUAUGACCCCACCACUUCAUUACCCUUGCCAUAUGACUUUGCGUCCUCCGCCAAUAGCGGCCCAUCAUAUAACUAAUGAUGAAAGCAGCCUUGCCAGCGGAAACGUGAAUUCCCAUUCGAGUAGUUUAGGGGCCAACAAUAGUGCAAUGGGAUAUGAGGUCCUCGCUUAUGGCUUGCCACCUCCCAUAACUCCCAUAACUUCGAGUAGUUCUUCUAGUUCAAAUUUUCCUCCUUCAAUCUCAGCUGGAUCUAACUGUACAGUUUCUUCUCAUCAAUCUUUGGAAAUGCGUCACUCACCCUGCAACUCUAAUUCAAUACAUCUGGGAGGGGGCAGCAGUUCAAUAUAUUCUACUGAAACAAUUUCACCGCCAGUCCCUUCUUAUACUCAUAUGAGCUACAAUUAUGCAACAUCUGCAAACAAUAUAUCGGCAUCGGGAAUCGCAAAUCCACCACAUGGAGGCUCUGGAAAGCAACAAUUUUUUGCUUCAUGUUUUUAUUCUCCAUGGGUAUAGAAUUGUAAAGGUGAUUAAAUAAUAAUAAAGCUUAAAAAUUUGUAAACCACAUUAAAAGUUUAUAAUAAAUCAAAUUUACAUAUCUCCCAAAAAUAAAAAGGUUUUAAAGAAAUGUGUAUGUAUUAAUCAAGUUUCGCCCAUGAAAUUUUUUUUUAACAUUUGGUGUACACAAAACUUAUUA